AUGCCGUUCGAUACGGAAAACGGACAGACUUUCCACGAGACGACAAUGCGUGUAAGACGUAGACGCUGUAAGUGCCUCCAAGGGAUGUUUCGUCGAGGUGUCCAGCCUCCUUCAAUCGAAGAGCGCCAUGUCAGUCGCUCGCUUCAAGACAUGGCAGUGCGAACUCUGCUGCGUAACUUGGGCUUGCUCAAUGGGGACGCCCUGCGCCCACUACCUACACACCUCUUGGCGCGCCUCUGGUCUACAAUCAAGUACUAUCUCCUCGAUAGCGUCCAUUUAUGGCGGCUCUUCGCCUCGAUCGGCGGUCUGGAACUUGGGAGCAAGCGGUGGAAUCAAAAACAGAUUGAUUGCCGGCGCCACGGGCUCAAGGAUAGCAUCAAAUGGGCCACCAGCACAUCGAUCCAGUGGAUGACGAACUUGACUGUCUCCGAGCUCGACUGUUCUGUCGACGAAAUGAUGUACAUCCAGCAGAUGCCCAACCUCCGGAAUUUGGUCAUUCAAGCUGGAGAAUAUCUCAAGAGUCACCUCUCCGAUUCUAUCUUGCGCGAGUGGGCACAUUCGUCCAAAAGGUAUGGUACUCUGAGCCAUCUUCAAACCAUGUUCAUCGCAAGGCAGAACAUCACGAGCUGGUGUCUCCAGUACCUCAAUCAUUUCCCAAGCCUCGACACAUUCUGUGCGUACCGUUGCAAUUAUGGAGCGCGGGAUACAGUGAGUAAAAUAGCAGACCAGGAGGGCUGGUCUUUGGACAAACGCGGUGGCACGUUCCAUGCGACGGUGAAACGCUUGAGCAAACAUUGCCAGCCUGGAUACAAGUUGAUUCACCUGGGUUCCAGCUACACAGAACAUCGACAAUUGACCAAGAAGUCGUCAAUCAACAGUCUUCCGCAUCUUCAGCUCAACUUUGGCAAUGCUGGCAAGAAGCCGAAACCAUCAAUGCUGCACUUCUCGAUUGCAGACCCUAAAUUCUUUUGCUUCGAGCGGAACUGGGAGCACAGGUUGUCAGCCGCGGGUGUCACCACUGUAGACAUGGAGCAAGGGCCUGCCGUCCAUCAAGAGAAGCCCGCCAAGCGUCGGCGUCGAGAGGUGAAGGCCAGCAAAAGCAUAAGUCUUCCACAGCACAUCUUCUUCGACGACUGA